ACAUGUAGACGACCCGACCGCUGCUUCGUUCUGCUCUGACCUCCCCAGCAAGCAAGAAGCCUCGUCGCCAUAGCAAAUCGCCAUAGAAGCUCGAAGACUCGACUCUGAGUAGCUGUAGCUGCGUCUCUGGAAAUGGCGCCUGAACCCGAUGAGGAGCUCAAGGACGAGAAGAACCCGCGCCCUCUCGAUGAAGACGACAUUGCCCUUCUCAAGACCUACGGUCUUGGGCCUUACUCCACGAGUAUAAAGAAAGCUGAAAAGGAGAUAAAGGAAAUGGCUAAGAAAGUCAAUGACCUCUGUGGUAUCAAGGAGUCUGACACUGGUUUAGCUGCACCUAGCCAGUGGGAUCUUGUCUCAGAUAAGCAAAUGAUGCAGGAGGAGCAGCCUCUUCAGGUGGCAAGAUGUACUAAGAUAAUCAAUCCAAAUACAGAGGAUGCCAAAUAUGUCAUUAACGUCAAGCAAAUCGCUAAGUUUGUUGUUGGACUUGGAGAGAAGGUAUCACCAACUGAUAUCGAAGAGGGCAUGCGUGUAGGUGUUGACCGAAACAAGUAUCAGAUCCAGAUUCCAUUGCCUCCAAAAAUUGACCCUAGUGUGACUAUGAUGACUGUGGAGGAGAAGCCAGAUGUGACCUAUAAUGAUGUUGGGGGAUGCAAAGAGCAGAUAGAGAAGAUGCGCGAAGUUGUUGAGCUGCCCAUGCUUCACCCAGAAAAGUUUGUAAAACUUGGAAUAGAUCCUCCAAAGGGUGUCCUCUGCUAUGGCCCUCCCGGAACUGGCAAAACACUUUUGGCAAGAGCUGUCGCAAACAGAACCGAUGCAUGUUUUAUUCGCGUUAUCGGCAGUGAACUUGUUCAGAAGUAUGUUGGCGAGGGAGCUAGAAUGGUUCGGGAACUAUUUCAGAUGGCACGUUCAAAGAAGGCCUGUAUUGUGUUUUUUGACGAAGUUGAUGCUAUUGGCGGUGCACGUUUUGAUGAUGGUGUUGGUGGAGAUAAUGAGGUUCAACGCACUAUGCUUGAGAUCGUUAAUCAGCUUGAUGGUUUUGAUGCCCGUGGAAACAUUAAAGUUCUCAUGGCCACAAAUAGGCCAGACACUUUAGAUCCCGCGUUAUUGCGUCCUGGUCGUUUGGAUCGUAAGGUUGAAUUUGGUCUUCCUGACCUCGAGAGUAGGACACAGAUAUUCAAGAUUCAUACAAGGACGAUGAACUGUGAGAGGGACAUUCGUUUUGAACUUCUUGCCCGGCUUUGUCCCAAUUCUACUGGUGCCGACAUACGGAGUGUGUGCACGGAAGCUGGAAUGUAUGCAAUUCGAGCGAGGAGGAAGACGGUGACAGAGAAGGACUUCCUUGAUGCAGUGAACAAAGUCAUAAAAGGAUACCAGAAAUUCAGUGCGACACCCAAGUACAUGGUCUACAACUGAGUUGACAAGAGCCUCUUGCAGUAACUGGUGAAUGUUGUUUUCCAAAGUCCUUUCGGAAAAUUGUUCUUUGAGAUGCUGGGAAAGGUUUCUCCUGCACAGAUAUUAUGUCCUGGGACAGCAAAUUUAAUGUAUUACCGCUUCAAGUUUCUUGCACAUUGAUGGUGAAAGUGAGUGCACCAUUUCACAUCCUUAAGUAUUUGGUCGCACAUUGCUUUCGGACGGACCCGGAUGUGUUGCAUUAAUUUUUCUUUAGCAUCUCUGUUUUCAA